AUGGUCACAGGAGCCAACACACAGCUCUUAGUGUUUGCAGCUUUAGCCGCCGUGCAGCCUCAGCCACCCCUGCCCUGUGUGGCCCAGGCGGAGCAGAGUCGGGUGACCCAGCAGCAUCUCCAGCCUGGCCUUCCACUGUCACUCCUGAGGGACAGACGGAUGAGAGAGUAUUCUGCCCGCACCGUGCAGUGGGUGGGCACGGGAGGAGCAAUCACACUGACCUUUGAUCUUUGCUUCUUUGCAGAUAUCUCAGUGAGCCUGCUGACCCUCGUGGUCACUGCCUGUGGCCUCGCUCUCUUUGGCGUUUCUCUCUUCGUGUCUUGGAAACUCUGCUGGGUUCCAUGGCGAGAACGAGGCCUGUUCUCUGGUAGCAAAGAAAACAACCAGGAGCCUCUUAACUACACGGACACAGAGACCAAUGAGCAGGAGAACAGUGAGGGCUUCCUAGACCCUCCCACUCCUUGUUGCAUUAAACCUUUAAAGCUCCAAGGUCACUUGCUAGUAAGUUCAUUUCCUGCUGCCAGGCCUCGAUUUUGGGCUUCAAGCCUUGGGGUGCAGCUGACUCCAUUGAUGAGCGUUUUGAAUUUAGGCCAAAAAAAAAAGAAGGCCCAUAGAUCUAAGUUUUUAACAGUGCGUAACAGUCUACCUACAUCCCAGGCACACGUUUCUGAAAGACGCGGAACUAAUCAGGUUAUAACUUUGUUCUCUCUCGUUCUUCACUCAAGGCAUAAUUCUAUCCGAAGACAACUCAACCUGUCAAACCCAGACUUCAAUAUCCAACAGCUUCAAAAACAGGAACAGUUGACUGGAAUUGGGCGAAUUAAACCGGAGUUAUAUAAGCAGAGGUCGCUGGAUAAUGAUGAUGGAAGAAGGAGUAACAGCAAAGCCUGUGGGAAACUGAACUUCAUUUUAAAAUAUGACUGUGACUUAGAGCAGCUCAUAGUGAAGAUUCACAAGGCUGUCAAUUUGCCCGCCAAGGACUUUUCUGGGACUUCAGAUCCUUAUGUCAAGAUUUAUUUGCUUCCCGAUCGGAAAACAAAACACCAGACUAAAGUGCACAGAAAGACGCUGAACCCUGUGUUUGACGAAGUGUUUUUGUUUCCGGUUCCCUACAAUGACCUUGCGGCCCGAAAGCUUCACUUCUCUGUCUAUGACUUUGACAGGUUCUCUCGUCAUGACUUAAUCGGCCAAGUGGUGGUGGAUCACUUCUUAGACUUGGCUGAUUUCCCCAGGGAGUGCAUCCUUUGGAAGGACAUCGAAUAUGUCACCAAUGACAACGUGGAUCUUGGAGAGUUGAUGUUUUCCCUCUGCUAUCUUCCAACGGCUGGCAGGCUGACCAUCACCAUUAUAAAAGCAAGGAAUUUAAAGGCAAUGGACAUAACAGGAGCAUCAGAUCCCUACGUGAAGGUCUCUCUGAUGUGUGACGGUAGACGACUGAAGAAGAGGAAAACGUCCACCAAGAGGAACACUCUGAAUCCUGUUUACAAUGAAGCCAUAGUCUUUGACGUCCCUCCCGAGAACAUUGACCAAAUCCACUUGUCCAUAGCGGUCAUGGACUACGACCGUGUAGGUCACAAUGAGAUCAUCGGCGUGUGUCAAGUAGGCAACGAAGCUGAGAGGCUGGGCAGAGACCACUGGAGUGAAAUGCUGUCGUACCCGCGCAAGCCCAUCGCGCACUGGCACUCCCUGGUGGAGAAACGAUGACUUUGGGUAAGAGGAUUGCUUAUGCCAAGGACUCAGUAGGACAACCAUCUGACAAAGACCUUUCAGUAACUUUUCCCAUCCACCAACAUCCAGACGACUCCAGUGACCAAAUGCUCAGCUGUAACCACAGCAGUAACCGGCCCUCUUUCCAGAUCGGGUUUGCUGAACGUGAAGAUGGUCCAGCUGCCGUCUUCAGGUGGCCUAAGGUGGUAUGCUGUAGGGGAGGCACAUCUCUUCUGGCCAAGACCCAAGCUUGGACUAUGGAAGAAACCAGCUGAUACAGUGAGAGUGCCAAGAGCACCGAGCGUACCAGGACUCUUAGUGAUUAACAUGAGGCCCUUCCUUGGUGAUGGGGUCGCAGCCGCUGCCCUGGCAGUGUCACUCUGACAUGAUGUUAUUUUGCUUGAAGGCCCUGGAAGGACAGAAUAUUUUAAAAUCUCUCCAGGUGCUACACAGGCAGCAGAUCUAAUUCACCCUGGACUACCACUGAGAUAAUACCUUGUCUCCAGAAAAUAAUUUCACCCAAGAAGUACUCUAGCUUUGCAGGGAAUAGCCCCAGCAGAGUCAUAGAAUAAGCAGGCUGUUACCCUGGAGACAAAGUGGGCUCAAGUGCAAGGAGGGCUAGUUCACCGCAAGUUCACUGCCACUCCCACAUCCACGGCAGUGAGUACCAGUUGAUCGUGGCCCUCUCUUCCACUAAACCCAGAUUCCGAGGAGUCAGAAUCCCCAGCACUGUUUUUGAGAUAGCCACCAGCCUCUUCCUUUCAACUGGUGUUGGCAAUCGGGAUGAAAGUUCAUCGUCAGCCCUAACUGUUAGAGAGGCGGACAUCUGGAUGGUGGAAUACCUUUUCCCAGGUGCAUUUGUCCACUGAGGGAACAGCCUCAGAUACAGAUGUACCAUUGGGUGAGCUGAGUUCAUGGAGAGAUGACACAGCUGGCCCCUGACUGAAGGCACACCUUUGGGGCCUCUUUGGCCUGAGUGCCUUCUGGGGUAUUUCCAUAUGCAACUGCCCAGAGGUGUAGCCUCGGCAGCCACAGACAGGUUUCCUUUCACUUCCAGACACAUACAUCACUUUCACAGCACUUGGGGAAUGGAAAUACCUACAAGAGUGAAGGUGAAGGGCUCUCCCCGGGUAUCUCAUUCAUUACUCAGCUUCCUUUGUGACCACAUCAGCCAACCCACUGCCAGCUGUGUUCCCCAUCCUCAUUGCUUCUGCCUCCCUACAAAUGAAACCAAAGGCCUCAGCAUGCACUGGGGGUGGGGGUUUUUACCCAGUGGUCCUCUGUCUCCCGUUAUGGGUAUAGGGUACCCUGUCCGUACAUUGGCACCGCUUCUCCAAGAUAGCGUUUGCCUUUCACACAGUCCCUUUGCAGUGGAAUCCAGAGUUGGACUGUAGUAUACCUUCCUGGGAAGCUCAUUAUCUUCAUUUGAAUUAACAUUUCCAUGUGAGAGUAACCGGGUGGAAGGAGAGUCAUCACAUGUCUUCAGAAAGUCCUUGUUGCUACAGCUGCCCGGUGCAGGAAGCUACCCUGAUGUCAGAUCUAAAAAGGAUGGAGGCCUUUGGUUGGGCGAAGCCAUGUUACUGCAUUCCAGCUUCACUUGAUCCCCUGCCUGCCUAAUCCAUUCCCAUCUCUGAUUGGCUCUCAACUUCCAGGGUCCAAAGGGAACCCAAGUUUCUGCCUAUGUCUGUUGACAUGAGAAGAAUUCAACUUUCUUUGCCCAAGGUUCCCCUCUGCCUGUUCCUCCCUUCAGACAUCUUCCUCCAUACCAGUGUUUAGAACCAAAGCAUGAAGGACUAGUGCCAGCAAGAUGGUCAGCAGAAAUGCUCUCUCUAGAUCCAGGCAGAUGAACCCAGAAGGAUGGUCCCAGAGAAACCAGACUGGCCCCAGUAGAUAAUCAGGCAGCCAUCCCAAUAAACUUCGAAUUAUCCUUGCACUGGGAGCCUGGGCAGGAGCUCGGGGGCAGCUGUGCCUGUCCUUCCCCACCCCAAGAUCUUCCUGCCUAGAGAGCUAGCAGCCCUGGGGUACUAAUGAGCAUGCUGCGGGCCUGUGGGUAUGAAAUAGAAGGUGGCUUUGUAGGGGCCAGGAGGCAAAGAGGCAGGCAGGUGGCUUGUGUCUGGAAAACUCUGCCUAGCAAAGCUGUGGCCAGAGGCUGGUAAGAAAUUUGAACUCCCUGAGCCCUUCUACAGCUCUGCCUCUGUUCUCUUGCAUUCUGUUUGGUUUCCCUUUAGUUUCCUAGUAAAUGUUUCUUUUGAAAAA